AUGACUAGAUAUGGUAAUAUUGCACCAAGGACUACAUUAGGUCGUAUUGUUACAUUAGCAUAUGCAAUACUUGGUAUACCAUUAACAUUAAUAUAUUUAUCGAGUACUGGUGGUGUAUUAGCAAAAGUAGCACGUGGUGUAUUCUCAAAGGCAUUAUGCUGUUGUUUAUGUUCAAAUUGUGGUUAUUGUUGUUAUGAUGAAAAACGUAUGGCCGAAAAAGAACGUCGUAUGAAAAAGAAGAGACAACAAGAAGAAUUACGUGCACAACAUAUGGCAUUACAGGAACCAUAUUAUGUUAGAUCUGGUUCGUUACAUAAUAAUUUACAUUCACCAGAUAAACAACAGCAACAACAACAUCAACAUCAUAAUACAAUACAAAUACCAGAAAUUGAUUCAUUAAGUACAUCUGAAUCAAAAGUAUCAAUGCAUGGUUUAAGUUUAUUAGCACCAAUAUUAUUAUGUUUGACAAUGAUGAUCAUAUAUAUAUUAUUUGGUGCUGUUGUAUUAUAUCGUUUAGAAAAUUGGCCAAUACUAGAUGGUGUUUAUUUUUGUUUUAUGAGCUUAUCGACAAUUGGUUUUGGUGAUUUAGUUCCUGGCUUAAAAAAAGAAUCAACAUCAACAUUAUGGUUUUGUUCAAUUUAUAUAAUGAGUGGUAUGGCAUUAACAGCAAUGUGUUUUAAUGUAUUACAUCAAGAAAUUGUACAUAGAAUAAAACAUGUCGUCGAUAUUAAUAAAAAACCAAUUAACAAUAAAGAACAUGAUGAUCCAAAUGAUUAUUUAGUAUCUUGA